AUGCUCAGAAUCGCACUUUUCGUGGCGAUGCUGCUACGUCUUUCUCUGGUGAGUGGAGACGAUAUGUCGCUAGUGGGUACUUGGUCGUCGAAGUCGAAUAGCGUAUUUACAGGCCCAGAUUUUUACGAUCCAGUGGACGAGCUGCUGAUCGAGCCUGCGUUGCCCGGUUUGUCUUACUCCUUCACAGAAGACGGUCAUUUUGAAGAAGCGACUUAUCAGAUCACCCCUAACCCUCAGAAUCACUCGUGUCCAGUUGCAGCGCUCAUUUACCAGCAUGGCACCUACGAGGAGCUUAAAAAUGGAACAUUGAUUCUGACGCCGUUUGAAGUUGAUGGUCGCCAGCUGCUUAGUGAGCCAUGCUCUGACAACGGAGUCUCUACUUACUCGCGCUACCACCAAAUCGAGAAGUUCCGUUCCUAUGCGUUAAGCGUGGACUCGUACCACGGUCGGUACAAGCUCCAGCUCUACGAAAGUGAUGGGUCCGCGAUGCAGCCGCUGUAUCUUGCUUAUAGGCCGCCUCUUAUGCUUCCUACGCAAACCUUGAACCCAACUUCAGCCUCUGAGGCAACGGCAGAGAGCGUUUCAAACAAGGUGAAGAGGUCCUUGGAGAACAGGUUCCGCACGAACGCAGUGAAAAAUCCGGGUUUCGACUAUGACUUCUGGUGGUGGCUUUCUGUAGGCAUGAUGGGUGUCGGGUCUGCGCUAUACUUUUUCUGCUGA